CUAAGGUUAGCUGUAUAUGUCAGCCACCUUCUAAAUAAGAUGUCUGCUGUGUUAAACUGCAACUUUUAGUUCAGUAGAGGACAGAAACUAUAGUACAAAGUGACAAACGUUUAUAAACACAGCUAAUCAAUCCAGUCCUUCCUCUUUUUCAGUAAAAUAGAGGACUGAACAUUUACUGCUGCUAUUAUUGUCAUUCUCCCCAAACAGUAAAUGGCUUUAAGCAGAAACGUAAGGAUACAAUCUUAAAUGUAACUUUGACGUUGAUUUGCAGACUAAGUAAUUGUCCUUUCUCAUCUUUUUCUGUGCAGAUUGACUGUGAUGCCGCAGCAAAGCUGAAAAAUCACGGCGAUGGAUUUGCUGUUUUAAACUUCUACUAAAUCAACAAACUGUCCAAGAGGAAAAAAGGCCUUCUGUUUAAGACUGUUCCCUUCUUAAAGUGAAAGAAGCUCGAAAAUGUCAGAUUUGGAUGAUAUCAUUAGGCUUUACUUCAGACUCUCUUUAAAUAACAAAGAAAUCCUUCAAAUUUUAGCGCACAGUCAUCAUACUAUAUUAAGUAAUCGAACUCUAAAAAGAAUUUGCAGAAGACUUGGGCUGUUUCGAAGAAAGAAUCAGUCCGACCUUGAAGAAGUGCUAGCCUUUGUCCAACAACAAAUAAUGACUAAUGGACAAAUGCAAGGUUAUCGGUGGCUACAUCUUCGUGCGAUUCAACAUGGAUUUGUGGUGUCACAAGACACUGUGAGACAAUUAAUCAAAUUGUUUGACCCAGAAGGUGUGGAACUGAGACGAGCACGACGGUUGAGAAGACGUCAGUACAAUUGCAGAGGACCAAAUGCGCUCUGGCAUAUGGAUGGCUACGAUAAACUAAAACCUUAUGGCAUUGCUAUCAGUGGCUGUAUAGAUGGUUUUAGCCGGCAUGUUUUAUGGAUGGAGGCUUAUACCACGAACAAUGACCCAAAACUGAUUGCAAGUUAUUUUUUGAAAACCGUUUCAUGUGUCAAAGGAUGUCCUGAAAGGAUACGUGCCGACAGAGGCACAGAAAACAUUUGUGUUGAACAAAUGCAAAUAUUUCUGAGGCGAAACCACACAGACAGUUUUGCAGGGGACAAAAGUUUCCUUUACGGAAGAAGUACAUCCAACCAGCGCAUUGAAGGAUGGUGGUCCACCCUCCGUAAACAGAGCGCACAGUUUUGGAUGAACUUAUUUCAAACCUUUCUGGAUGAUGGUCACUUUACAGGAGAUUUUUUGGAUAAAAGCCUUAUCCAAUUCUGCUUUCUUAAUCUUAUUCAGGAUGACCUUGAUGAUGUUGUGAACACAUGGAACUCACACAAAAUCCGGGCAAGUGGAGGUGCAGUAUCGGGCCGACCUGUGGUGAUGUACUCAUUUCCGAGCUGCACAAAGCUGAGGAUAGACUGA